GGGGGUGGGGGGGAGCGGGCGGUGCCUGAGGAGCUGGGCCAUGAGGUGAGCGGGGCCGCGCCGGGGGCGGCAGGUUUCCUUUGCCUGAUCUGUAAACAUGUCCACAGACCUGCUAUCUGAAAAGGAGCACAUGGUGCUGAAUGGGUCCUCCUGGGGAAACAAAACAGAGUGGAGUUAGACUUAGUUGAACACAGGGGCAUUUGGAAAAGUCUGCUGAAGGAGGAUGGCACGUCUCCUGCCACCUUGCACUAGCAUAGCCUGACUUUUAACUGAAAAUGCCAUUUUGAAUAAGGGUGUGAGGAUUGUGGUAAAAGCCUUAUAGGAGAAUGCAAACUCCACGGACCACUCAUCAGGGCUAAAGACAGGGUUAUUCCUAGCCGAGCCCGUCUCACCCUACCUCAUUACCUCACUUUACGAGUGUUGGAGCUGCGAGCUGGAAACCAGCAGAGUAUUGAAAGAUGGGGGGAAGUAUUUUCUGGACACUCCCAAUGAAGACUGUGGAAACUGGAUGAUGUUUGUCCGGCUAGCCCGGAACCAAGAAGAACAGACCCUUGUGGCUUAUCAGCACUGUGGAGAAGUCUACUUCACAACUGUUAAGCCAAUUGAACCACACACGGAAUUGAAAGUAUGGUAUGCUGCCGAUUAUGCCAAAUUUAUGGAAGUUUCUGCAGUCUUCAUUAAAGAAGAAUCUGAUGUCUGUCCUUUGCCUCCAGUAGCAAAAGAGCCCGCAGACCCUUGGAUAUGUUCCAGCUGUGGAGGCACUUUCGCAACUUUUGCUUUGCUGGAAUCUCACCAGUGCAUCCAUAAAGACCGAGUCCUUACCACCAGGAUCAGACCACCAAAUAAACUGGGACCCAUAAAAGCAAAAAGCAAACUCAAAGGGAAACUGAGAGGAGCUGCAUUAGGCAAAAGCAUUGCUCAGUGCUUUGGGACCAUUUCCUCUGCUGCAAAGCUUAGCUGUGCCAGCUCAGGAAGCCCUUGUGAUGCCCUUGUGAGGCUUAUACCUAAAUGGAGAAAUGGCCGGUCUUCACUCUUGAAGGGAAGAGAAGUGAAGCAGCCAGCCAGUUACCCUUGCCGACUCUGUGGGAAGAUAUUCGAUUCCAUUAACAAGCGCAGAGUCCACAAUUACGUGCACAAAGCGGAGCGCCCCUACAAGUGUUCACAGUACGGAUGCACAAAAGCCUUCAUUUCCAGAUAUAAACUGCUCAGGCACUCAGCCAUUCAUUCUCCACAGAAGUCUCACCAGUGUGGCUACUGUGAAAAGACCUUUCACAGGAAAGACCAUCUAAAGAAUCACCUUCAGACUCAUGACCCUAACAAGAUGGCCUUCAAGUGUGAAGAGUGUGGCAAGAAGUACAACACCAAGCUAGGCUAUAAGAGACACUUGGCUCUUCAUGCAGCCACCAGUGGGGACCUUACCUGUAGGGUAUGUGCCCAGGAGUUUGGUGGUACUGAAGUUUUGUUGGAACACCUUAAAAGCCAUGCAGGGAGACCAACUGGCAAUACAAAAGAAAAGAAACAUAAGUGUGACCACUGUGAGCGUCACUUCUAUACUCGUAAAGAUGUGCGGCGUCACAUGGUAGUUCAUACAGGCUGCAAAGACUUUCUGUGCCAGUUUUGUGCCCAGAGGUUUGGGCGGAAAGACCACUUGACUCGCCAUACUAGGAAGACCCAUCCACAAGAACUGCUGAAGAGCAGGUUGCAGAAUGGUGACUCAGUGGGUCUCCUUGACCAGCUUUUUCCACUAAGACUGAAACAAGAUGCCAGCAUACUGUCCCCUUUUCCUGAAAGUGUCUCUGUGCAAAAUGGGAUUUUGAAUAGUUCACAGUCAGAGGAAUACAUUCUUCAUUCUCAGCCAAGCUUACCAACUGCCCUUCCUCUUGACCCUUCUCCUCACUUGCAAAGGAUGGGCUGUGCAGACAACCUUCCAGCUGUCCAUACCACACCGUGCUCAACAGCCAUUCCUACCAACCUGAACCUGCAUCAGCCUAAUAAAUACGACCUUAGUUCUACCUCAUUUGCAGCAGGAUCCCUCAAAAGUCUACCGAUAAAAGUGGAUGUUAAAGGUUAUAAUGUGCAUCUUCCUGAGGACCUGCCAUUAACAGAACCUCAGUCUCUCCACAAAAUCAGUCUGGAAGAAGCUUCCUCAGGGCCUGUAGGGGAUACUAACAAGUACCCAGUGCACAAGGAGACAGAGGCAGCAGCUGAAACUACGAGCCUGCCUUUCAUGGAUCUCACUCAUGUGAUGAGUUUCUGGCAGCUCCCACCAGGUGACAACCAGAACACCACUGGGGACAUCACAAUGGCAUUUGGUCCAGAGGAACCAUUACACAGGCUGAAUGGCCUUGGCCAACAGCAAGGUCUUCAGCUAGCAACUGGUGGGAUGGCCAUAAACCAGCUGCAUCAUCUUCCUCGCUCCUUUCCAUCCACUACAAAUUCUGUAACAUUGCCUCAUUUUCAUCAUGCCUUCAAAUAACUAUCACCAUGGUUUGAGGGGUUUUUUUUCCUUCUUUUUUUUUAAGACUCUGCUUCUUACUUAAAGCUGUUAGGAUGGGGUGGUUCUGGUUUCGUUUUGAACAAAAACUUCCCCGAGUGUUUUCAAAGCAUAUUACAAACAUGGCUGGUAGUCAAAUUCAGGAUAUUAAUAAACAAGAAGCUCUAUUUUUCAUACUACUAUUAGUUUUUUAGCAUAUUAUGACAGUAGUAGAGUUAACCUAUUUCCCUCAACACCCUCUAUAUUUUUGUUUCUUACCCUUCACACAAACAGCUGAAUAAAUAUCUUCAGUGAUAGCAAGGCAUUGUUACAGGCACAAUAAACCUAUGGCUGCUGCGGUAGGAUAAGUAGGGUUAGGGUGAAUGGGAAGAAGGGGGAAAUCACAGAAAAAAUAACGAGCCAUAAAUCACAGCAUAUUUAUACACAUGGCAAAUGGAACAAACGAUUUAUCAACAUCUCAUAGAUUUCUGUUAAGCAUUUAAUUACUGAACUUGAUGAAUCUUUAAUUCAAAUCAGAAUCAUCCCAAGAGUAAAUCUUACCUCCUUGUUCCCUUUUUUUUUAAAAUGAAGGGGAUCACUUUUGUGAUUAUGCUUGACUAGAUUUUGUUUUCUGAGGUGCACUUCAGCUGUGUGCAUCAUCUGUAUUUUUUCCUAGGGUUGGAAAUAACUACCACUUCUGCAUGACUGAGUAACAACUAAUGUUUUAUGUGCAGUUGUCAGAAUGGGAAGAGAAUUUUCUCAAAAGUUAGAGCAAAACAUUAAUUUUCACUAUGAGCAGAAUCUGGCAAGAUAUCAGACACUGCUCGCUCUCUCUCUUGUAAAUCACUUAAGCAUUUGCUUAAAUUGAAGCAUUUGUUAUCCCACUGGGUCAACAGUUUGAUUUAACACUCAAUAAUAAAUAAUGCUUCCUACCUAAGGGGCCUGUAUUCACCUUUUGUUUAUAAAAAUGGCCUGUGUUUAGUCCAGGAAGUGACUAUUACUCAUAGCCAUCUGAAAUGUGGAUUUCUUCAUGGAAAGCCAGCCCUGGCCUAUGGGAGCCCGUGCCCAAGCAGGAUCUCUUUGGGGCCAGGGGCAGGUCCACACAGAAGGGUUGUGGUGGUGAGCUGACACUGGGUCCUGUUUGAAACCAAGUUAUGAACCUGCCUCACAAGUGUCGCCUGAAAUUAGUAAGCAUAAUAAUAGUUGAGGCCAGUUUAAUCCCAGGGAGUUUGCUCAGUAACACUGGGACAGCUGGAGUUGGGCUUCCAGCCUUUGUUUCUUCCAGCUUUGUUUCCUGGGGUGAAUUGUCCAUGUAGAUUUCCAGUUGACGGUGUGUUGGUGUGACAGUCCUAUCACCUGAUGCAUGAACUAGCAAAAGCCGAAUCUGCCAGUAGAUGACAUUAAAAACAAACAACAACAAAACCAACACAACUCCACAAACCAGCCACGUCCUUCUCGGUUGCCUUUCUUGCUUAACCCAUUAUUAUAAAUAAUAUAAAAAUAAUCCUAGUUUUAGUGGGUAACGCAGUUACUAAAUGGAUUCUGUUGCAACUAAAACAGACACUUUCUGAAUCAGAGUAAAUUCUCAAACCCCAAGAGCUACUCCUCCAUUAAACCAAGAAAGAGUUAAUAGUACCUAAUGAUCAUUACAAAUACAGCGCAAAUCAUGGUCUCUUCUCCCCCAUUAAUCACAGGAAUAUUUCUAGACAGCUUCAAAUCAAAAAUGCUUUUUAAAUGAUUGCUGUUAAUGAACUACAGUGACAUUGUACGUGAACUACAAUGAUCUGGAUAUUGUUACAAUGUUAUCAGUACUUGGAUUAAGGAAAUGUAUUACUGCAGUUCAUGCGAGAGUGUGUUCUUUGGCGACACUGCCGAGCAGUACUUUUUGUUAUGAAAACUUUUGGCAUAAGACAAGCCAAAAGGAAUUUUAAAAAUCAUUCGUGUAAUGACAACAGCAGGAGGCAGAGCAGGUGCUGCACAGUCAUGCCCAGUUAGCAGUGAUUUAAAUUACAAGGUCCAGAAUAGGGGGAAAAGGUUGCAAACAAAGUUAAAUGCACAUUCUACAGCUAGGCUUGUAUUUUCAUCAGGGCUUGGAAAGUUGUGUGCAUAUUCCUUUAAUUCAUAGUUUUCCUUGUUCAUGCAAAUUGAAUUCACUUGGCUUCAUCUAAGCUUAUGUACUUGUAAAAAAAAAAACAACAGAUAACAAACACAACAAAAAAAACCACAAGUUCUGUAGCACUGCUCGAUCAUAUACUGUUAAUAGACAUUUUGUCAUUUUGGUUUGCACUUCUGUAAGAGGUGUAACUAAUUACAGAAAUACUUGUCUUUGAAUUGAAACGUGAUGUUAAAAUGAAAAUGUUAUGCAAAUACUGAGCUAGACUGGAGCCCACAUUCUUUCAAUUGCUUGACUGCAGGCGGGUGCCUGAGCUCUGAGCUGCUAAGGGAGGUACUGCUGCCUGAUGAUGUGUUGGUGAGAGAUGCUUACUGUAUGUAACUACAGGUUAACAAGUCUCAUUCAAAUAAGAAGAAAAUAACCACUUUGAUAUUAAAAUGCUUAAGAAGCACUUGAUGGUGUCUACAGCUACACAGAUCCAAACUUUAAAUGUGUAACAACAGUACAGAUUUAUCCCUUCAGUCCAUUCAAAUCUCUUUUUCCAAUUCUUGACAUCGUAAAUGCAGAUGAAGCUGAUGACGUCUCAUCACAAAGGAAGGGAAGUUAUUUCAGAAGGUUAUGUUUGCAGAAAAAUGGUUUUGUUUCAAAAUUGUCACAAGUCAGGAGAUCCCCUAAGUCAUCUAAUACUUCAGAGUAGGGCUGGACUUUCCCAUAGCUUUUGUCAGGGGGAUUUCUGUGGCAUUCUUGGGAGGCCAGCAGUAGCUGAGGUUCAAGAAUGCUUUUUUUUCCCUGAGCAAACAAAUACUUUGGGCUCGGUAGACCUUCCUGUUGUGCACCUGAACACCUCACUGGUGAAAGAGCGAGUUUGCCUUUGGUGGUGGUAAGAUCAUAGGCCUGCCAGUGCUAAAAGAGAGGUGAGGAGACAGCAGCAAGUCUGCCUGGACUCACCUGAGGUGUCCAAGAGGAUGCGGUGGUGGCAGGCAGGCAUGGCUUCAGGCAGUGACAGUGGAGAAGGUAGCAAGAGCUGCAGGACAUCUGGUGGCACUGCCUUUGGCUCACGCAGGGCUGCAACAGCACCAGUGAGGGGAGAGGCAGCCAGAGGCAUGGUGGAGGAAGAAGGCAGUGCGCAACCUGUGGUCGGUCCUCCCUCCUCUCUGGCACAUCCCUCCUCUGAGUGGGAGAGGAGGAUGCAAGGGCAGAGAGGAGCAUGGGAAACGUAGGAUGGACCAUAGAUUAGCAGCUAAGAGACGGAACAGAAAGAUCUGACUCACACCCUGACAGAGAUAAAAGUACUCUUGUAUCUGAACUCUGCUUGAAAAAUCUGUAGAAGUGGAGCAACGUGUGGUGGUUAACAACAAAUUACUAUAACUGAUACCAUAAAAGAGCAAAACUUAAUAAACAUUUGGUCUCAUACAAAAAAACUAAUAGUUUUGUAUAUAUAUAAAAAAAAAGGAGCCAUGUAAACCUGCUGAAAUAAGGAGCUAAAAUUAUACUACAUAGAACAAAAGACUCUGCAGCCUCUAUGUAAACAGAAGUAUUGCUAAUGUUCAGUUCCCAUCCCCAUCAGAAGCUAUGCUCAUUCCUUUUUCCUGCAGUUUUAUUUACCAACUAUUGCUGUUGGGACUCUUCCUUUUCUUAACCAGUGACUUGCUGUUAGUUCCAGAGUUUUUCACAGCCAGUCUGACACAGGAGGGCAUGUUCUUUGUAUUAAUGAUACAUUUCCUCCUAACAGAAUUUUUAAAGUACUGUCCUUCAACACACCAUUCCUCCCUCUAUUUUUUCUAUCAGAUACUGGAAAAUGAGCUGUGAAGUCCAACACUAAUACACACAGACAGAAAAUAAUGGGAGAACAACAAGACCUACAGUAAAACUUGCUCUAACUUUUCAGGAUUCAUUUAAUUGGUUGUAAAAGACAGCGAUUAUGGUAACAUUCCCCAGGAGAGUUUGUUUGGUUUUUUUUCCUCUUUUUCCUGUAUUGAAUAAAAGGCUAAGCACUGCUUUAAUGUUUUUGGGCUAAUUUUGUGCCUGCUGUUUCUAAGAAGUCUAGCUCUAGGAGUUAAACUUGCUUCAGUGUCAUCCUUUCUGUAUUUAUCUGAUCACUAUUGGCUAGAGUCUGAGUAGACUUUAAUGAAACUCUGUAAAGUCUGAUAUUUAUUAUUGCUGUGUCCAACUACUUCUCAUCUUCAUUUACUUUAUAAACAUUUAAUAGGCAAGAAAAUUCCUUAUGCAUUUUAAUUGAAAACCUUACUGGAAAUUGUUGGGCUAAAAGAAACCCGACCUGUUGUAACGCUGGGAGUUUAUCAAGGUGAUCCAAGACUGUUACAGGAUCAGCUGGCCAAAAAAUAAGAAGGGAUCUGCCUCCACAACAUUUCUGCCUUAUCAAUCAAUUUCUGAAAGUAAUUAAAGUUUUUAAUGCAAAAACGAGAUUUGGUUUUAGUGUGAACUUGAUGUGCUUUGAAGCUGAUGCACGGCAUACAUGGCCAUUUAUCACUUACCAAUCACUAUCAUUGAUUGUUUACUGGAAGAUUCUAUUAAAUACAUUCAUGAAAUUAAAAAA